GAAGGCGUCAACUGAUCAACAUUAGAGAAUUAUUUCAGUGAUUCAGUGAAAUGAAAAUGUCGUUUUCGAGUGAUCACGGACCGUGGGAAGGAAAUAAUCAUGCCGACUUUCCCAAUUACCCUAACGAAAUCGGGGGGUAUAGUGGGCUAUGGGACCCCCAUCACUGUCUCGGGGGGCAAAACCCGGCCUUGGGGGGCUAUCCCGACAUUCUCACUGCGUUCAACUCAGAAUUAGUGUGGCCACGACAACAAUGCGGGGGGCUUGUCGGGAACCGUUUGGGGCGCAAUGGCCCCCAAAAUGGCACCCAAACCCAGAAAAAACCACGGAGGAGAGUGGCAACUUUGGCACAACGUCGAGCUGCCAAUAUUAGAGAAAGACGCAGGAUGUUUAAUCUCAAUGAGGCUUUUGAUAAACUACGAAGAAAAGUGCCAACAUUUGCCUACGAAAAAAGACUCUCCAGGAUUGAGACUCUUCGUCUCGCUAUCACUUAUAUCAGUUUCAUGUCGGAGUUGCUCCAUGGACACCCCCCGGACCACAAGAGCCCCGAUAUGUACCCCCAGAGGGAGUACAUCCCGUAUGGUUUAAUUAACUAAUUUUAUUAUUUUUUAAAUUGUCUUCCAAACUGUCUUCCAACAAUAAAUAUAAUC